AUGUCAUCGGCAACUCAGCAAAACGGUCUCAGGUCGCCGGUUCGCUCGAGCGUUGCCGGCUAUACAACCGUUGUGCAACCGGCUUUUGAGUCUCUCCCUCGUAAGCUAAGCAUGACACAACAUUUCCAACAACAGCAACGAGAAGUACGGCCGAGCAACGAAGUAACUGCGCCUAAGCGCAAAAUACAUACUGAACCCGAGCAUUGUAAAGAUGCUGUAUCAAAAUCGAUGAAGCGGAAAAGAGGCGAGGAGUCAGGUUCAGAUGGUAAAUCUUCCCAGAAGAAGUCGCGACACGAUACAGAGAGCAACACGAAGAAUGUAUCGCUGGACAACGAUCCGAACAGGAAAUCUGCACAUAGCAGCCCCAGAAAUGAAGAUUCCACACGUGAAAAUGCGGAUUGGUCCCCCAAGUGGUGGUACCCCGAUGCCAUCCAAGAAGCCGAUUUCUUUCAUGAGGCGGGCUUCGCCCUAGUUGGGGAUAACACGCCAUCUGGAUAUCCUUGUUUGGUGCUUACAGCCAAUCUCUACCACACCAUCUGGAAUGCGCUUUGUGGCAUCCGGGAACUUGAAUGUGUCCGUAGUCAAUGGGAGCCGGAGUUUGAUAAAAUCUCGCGACAGAUAGAGGCGACAAAUGAUGCAAAUUGUGCGCUGCUCACAGAGUUGCAGGAUACGGAGCAGUUGCUCGAGGGGCUCUACGACCCUGAAGCACGCAAUAAUCUCGUGGUAUCCUUUAGAAUCGCCGAAGAAAAAUAUGAUGGAACCAGACGAGAGCGUGCCCGGCUUCUUGAGCAGCAGAAACCGAUUGCACGAGAACUUGAGAACGUGACGAAAAAAACCAAAGACAUUCAGCACCUGAUCUGCCAGAGGCUUGAUAGCAUUUUUUGGGAUGCUGGUGUACUGCCUGACAUCGAAGCCAUCAAUGAGGCACCAUCAGUCCCGGUUUUUGAGCUAGACCCAAGCCCCAACAAGGAGCUAGCGUCGGCCUCAAGUGAAGUAGGCAGCGACCUUACACAAUGCAAGCCUUUUUCCCCAAUCGACGUUCUUUGGCGAAAGCUACGAGAGCUUGGUAGCGAGGUACAUCGAACAGAAGUCGAAUUCAAUAGUUUUCGGGAUGGAUUUGAUGCCGAGUUGCACCAGUAUAUCGCCCAAGAGUUGAAAAAAAGCCGAGACAAAAAGCCCACUGUAGCCGAUCUGGAGCAGGAAUUCGGUCCCAUCUGGCUGACCCGUCACCUUGAAUUGACUCGAAAGAAAGCUGCAGCAGACGAAGCAUACUACGAAGCAGAUGGGAUGUUUAUGGACGCCAAACGGGCCGCAAAGUUGGCUUCUUCGCAAGACGAGCCUGAGAGAUACGGUAUGGCUGACGAAGAGACCGCCAUGAACUUUGGUAUGAUCAUAUCUCUGCGGAAGAUAAGGCGUAUCGAAACAUGGCUUCACGACAACGAUGUCGUUCCUGAUACCGCAGUGAACCAUUCUGGAGACGUUCUGGAGGAGGAUGCUGUAGACGAUAAGCAUUCUGUAGCGUCUGGGGAAAGCAAAGUCACGCUUGCGGAAGGAUGGCUACGCCGCAGGAUUGACGACUAUGACCGAUACGUUGGGCGCGUGUAG